AUGGAUUCAACAUUGUCGACCUUGGGUUUGAUAAUUUUCAGCAUCACCUUCAGUAUUUAUUCUGUUAUUGCCGAGUCCCAGGCCCCCUCUACAUCAGUAUCGCCACGUCCUCCUCCUCGGUCGUCACCUUCACCGCCGCCGUUGCCCCGGCCCCCGCAUCCUUGGUCCAGUUUAAAGCCGCCACCUUUGCCUCCGCCGCCUUUGCCCCCUUUAAAGUCGCCACCUCCGACACGGCAACCUCCAUUCACGCUCCUGCCAUUUCGACGGCCAACUUCGCCCCCUUUAACGCCGCCGCCUCACCAAUAUCGGCCGCCGCCUUCCCAUUCUCAGUCGCCCCAUAAUCUUUCUCAUGCGGACCCAGGACCGAAGGUCGCAAACUCAGCGGGGAACCCCAAUCGCUCCCACCAUAGGCCUCCCCUGCGGCGAACAUCGCAGCGGAUGAACGGAGGGAAGAAGAUCGGUCUUCUAUUUGCGGGUAUUGCGGGACUCAUGCAGAUUGGUGUGAUUGGUUUCUUAGUUUUCAAGAGAAGGCAACUUUUAAGGACGAAGGAUGCCUUUGAAGUUAGUGCUUGA